AUGACAGUUCCAAAGAGAUUUGAAGGGUUUGCUUACAACGAAGAAAACUGGAAGCAAUUGCGAAAAGUUGAAUUUGAACCAAAAAAGGUUAAUCCUGAAGAUGUUGUUAUCAAGAUCGAAGCUUGUGGCUUAUGUGGAUCAGAUAUUCACACUUUGAAAGGUGAUUGGGGGUCAGUUGCAAGAAAGGACUUGGUUGUUGGUCAUGAAAUUGUAGGAAAAGUUGUUCAAGUUGGUAAUAAUGUUAAGAAUGUGAAGGUAGGUCAAAUAGCGGGCAUUGGUGCCCAAUCUAAUUCAUGUCUUCAGUGUGACAGAUGUCUUGAUGACUACGAGAACUAUUGCACAAAGAUGGUCCCAACAUAUAAUGCACUAGAUCCUCUGGCUGACAAUUAUAUCACGCAAGGUGGUUAUGCCAAUUAUGCAAUUUGUAAUGAACAUUAUGUUUUCCCAAUGCCAAAGGGAAUCUCAUCAGGUGAAGCAGCACCAUUAUUAUGUGGCGGACUUACUGUUUUUUCUCCUCUCACCCGUAGCUUAGGUUAUGAUAUGACAGGAAAAAAAGUUGGUGUUGUUGGUAUUGGUGGGUUAGGUCAUAUGGCUAUCCUUUUUGCCCAAGCUCUCGGAGCUGAAGUAGCUGCUAUUUCGAGGUCAUCAGCUAAGAAACAAGAUGCCAUGAAAAUGGGAGCUACCAGUUUUAUUGCUACUGGUGAAAAUGAAAAUUGGACAACAGAUCAUGACAGUGAAUUUGAUUUGGUAUUGAACUGUGCUUCUAAUUAUAGUUCUCUUGACUUUAACAGUUUAGCACAGAUCAUUAAAUUCAAGGGUGAAUUGAUUAUUGUUGGUGCGCCUUCUUUGGAAGAAGGCCUUGAAAUCCUGGCUUUUCCACUUAUUUUAAAGAAAAUUACCAUUCUGGGUUCCGUAGUAGGAAGUAGAAAAGAUGCUCUUAAGAUGAUAGAUGUUGUUGGUAAGCACAAAUUGAAACCAUGGGUUGAAGAAAUUCCUAUCAGCUCUGAAAAUAUCGCAAUAUCCUUAGAGAAAUGUGACAGUUCUGAUGUCAAGUACCGAUUUGUUUUCACAGAUUUUGAUAAGGAGUUCCAAUAA